ACCAAAAUAUUUUGCAUCUCCAACCCAAUUGAGAAGCCAUGGCUAACUAUGGAGCCACACAAAGACCACACUUGAAUUCCACACCACCGUCCGAUCAUGAUUUCGAUGACUCAACAGGAAAACAGAGGAAGGAGUUCAGGUUUGUUUGCCCCUUCAACAUCCCUUCAACCCCAGAAGCUGCAGCAAUCAGGAUCAUCAAGAACUUGCAUCAUUUCGGAUUAUACUAUUCACUAUUUGUAUGGAUUGUGCUCUUCAUAACCCUGAUUCCAAAGCGUAAGGUGUCUUUGAUUUACUUGGUCAUCAUGACAUAUGUGACCACUGUGUAUGUGCUACUGAUAAGGGCACUUCCUUCGGCAAGUUUCUUACAUAAGAUCAUUGGAAGAGGAGUUGUGUUGCCUUUGAUUGGUCUUGGGACCAUGGUUGAGCUCAUUUUGACCGAGGCUGGCUUGCAUCUUUUGAUUUGUCUUGCUGCCACCAUGCCUAUUGUUUUGGUUCAUGCAGUUUUGUGGGUUCGAGAUGAUGUGGUGGUGGGGGUGGAGGUGGAGGUGGAGGUGGACGGUGGUGGUGGUGGUGGUGGUGGUGGUGAAGAAUUGGUGGCUUUUGUGCAGAAGAGUGACACUCCUGGUGUUGCUGGUGGAUCUGAGUCCAUGGUUUAACUCUUUGUUUGACUUUUCUUUUUCUUUUUUUGUCUUCUGGUGUUGGAAAAAAAAAUGCAACUAGACCCCUUAAGUUUGAUCUACUUGCAGAGACGCCCUUUAAGAAAGGUAAAUUCUUUAGAUGAGGACUAUUUGCACCCCUUACUUGACUAAGCACACCCUAUUCUAAAUAAACCCUAGACUAAAACAUAACAUUUCUGAGUAUACCUCAAUUUCAGUUUUUUUCAAAAUUUUCAAUCUACACCUUAUAAUCUCAGCCGUUGGAUCUCACCAACGGCUGAGAUUAAAGGGAAAAAAAAGACAAAUCAUCUUCUUCAUAACCCUAAAUUCAUUUCUUCAUCUUCUUCAACCGUUGUGGGUAUUUCUUUGGCUGGGUAUACGUUUUGCCUCGAAAUAUAAGGAAAACAAAUAAAUUAUGGGUUGUCUAGGUGUUUGAUGUUUUGCAUCUGUAAAGUUUCCAGGAAACAAAGUACAUACCUUCUUGAUGUUGUAGGUCAUGUGUUUGAAGCUGAACUUCUCUAAGCUAUCAAAUGUUCUCUUGGGCCCUGGCACAAUGAAAGGCGUGCACCUGCAUGAACCCGGGCAUGUCUGUCACCAACACCUUCACUUGAAGAAAUGCAGCCACCGAUCCCAUAUUUGUCUCCACGUGAGACAUUGAUUUUCUUGCCUCCACCAUCUCCUCUGCUCCUCUCCGUCGUUGGCUGUCACCAUUGUCAGUUUCUAUGUGCAAGGUCUGGCUUCGUAAGGGAAACUGCAGAGAUGGAGAGUAAAGGGAAGAAGGAGAAACAAAGGAAGGAGGGAACUGAUAUGUGGUAGGGACAGUUGGAGUAUUAUUAGAUAAAGGUUUUUUUGUGAUUUUGGGGUGCCUUUAGUCAACUUUGGGGUGCAAAUAGUCCUCAUCAUUCUUUAACUUCAUGGGAAUUGUUUGAACAUUCAACAAUUUAUGGUGAUUAUUGAGGUUUGAUUGUAAUUGAUGGAAGUGUAAUUUGUAAGGUUUAGAUAUCAAUAAAUAAUAAAAAAAAAAUCUUGUUUU